AUGGCAAUGGUUGAUGAACUUGUUGACAAUGCUGGUGAAAUAAUUGACCAUCCAAAUUUUGUAUUUCCUUUGGCAAGUAAGAUCAAAGCUCCUGGAAGACCUAAGCACGUCAAAAGGAAAACUGCUCUCCCAAAGGACUUUGUCCGUCACAAGCACAGACAUCUCCUUGUGCAAAAGAACAAAAAUGAUAUCAGAAGUAUUUUGAAAGAAGGACUUAAAGAAGUGAUGAAGGAGUUCUUAGAGGAGGAGCCUCUCAAAAAAACUAAAACAACCAAUUUCGCUAAAAAGCAAGAGCCUCUCGAAGAAGCUAAAAAAUAUUCCUCUGGAAUUAAAAGACCUAAACAUCUUCAAGACGACUACUGGUACAAUUUGCCUAGUCCAAAAAAACAAAACAAAAAUGUGCAUGACUUUGCUCUGCCUGCUCAAAUCGACCAAGCUGACAUUUCGUUGACGUUUAACCCCAAGUCCAAUGGUUGGUGCGGUUUCCGUGUAUUUGCACACCUGAAAGAGGGUGGAGAGGAUCAGUUUCCUUUGGUCAUUGCCUUUGGCUCCGAGAUUGACCCUGCUCUUGGGGAAAAUAUCCCAUCUUGCCCUUCCUCUAUGUGGUUCUCUGCACCAGACUGUGCUCAGAUAAUAGCUGACACCUAUAACAAGCCUGUUUGUGUGUACUCGGACGAUCGGAGCGUCUUGCCUGUAACUUUCCUUCCCCUCCAUGAUCGGAAGCCUCUCAAAAGAAAGCCAUUGCCAAUGGUCUUGCACCAUGUACAUGGGUGCCACUGGACAACAAUUAAAGUGAAGCCUCAUGUACAUCGGUCCUGGCCUGAGGUAAAUACGCUGUAUUUUGAUGCUAUCCGUAGAGAGAGUAUCAUUGACUGCUUUUCCAAAAGUUGA